UAAAAAUCUAUAUAAAAAGGGAAUCAUCGAGAUUAUAUUUUAUUUUUCGCCACCCCCUUUCUUUUACUCUUACAUUAACAUGACUCUUCCUGACUUUAUGACCGAUCCCAAUGCUGUCCUCAAGGACAAGGAUCAUCAAUGGAGAUAUGGCCGUGUACCUGAUUACAAUAAAGUAAACAAGGCAUUUGAAGAAGAAAAAACCAUGAACCAUGCUGAUGGAUCUCUCGAGUGGCUUGUUUCCAACCUGGUCAAGAAUUGGGAAAAGGAAAUGUCUUACAAGCUCAAUGCUGAUGAAAUGCGUACUAUUGACCGUAAUAAAUACAGAUUCUCUGUCAAUGGACAAAAGUGGCAAACUAUUGAUGAAAUGCUUGAGAUCGGUACUUACAACGCGCUCAUCGGUGAUUCUGAACUUUAUAAAGCCAGUGAAAUGGACUUUGCCGAGUCUCACAAACUAUUCAAGCGCGCUCUUCGCACCUUCUCUUGGGAAGUAUUACAGGUCUAUAGUGGUCCUCCAGUAGUUGCGUUCAAGUGGCGUCACUGGGGAACAAUGACUGGUGAUUUAUCUGUAAAGAUUGGCAACGGUAAGAAACUCGAGGCACCUGCUUCCAACGAAGUCGUGGAAGCUGUUGGUGUUACUGUUGCAAAAGUAAAUGACAAAUUUGAAAUUGAAGAGCUCGAGACCUUUUACGACGCUAGCAUCUUGAUGAAGCAAUUGGCCAAGAAUAGAGCUGAUAAAGAGCAAUCUGAAAGCGGUGCAGUUGAAUGCCCUUUCAUGUCUUUAAAUAAAUUAAGUUGAGUGCAUUUUCCUGGUGAAAGUGUUCUCUAUUGUGUAACCAAAUAUAAUAAAGCAAGAUUACUAUCCAUAUUCGAACAGUUCCUUUUUUCUCUUGAUCGUAUUUAGUAGACAAGACCUUGUUUAUGAGUGUAUUAUUCUUAAUAAUACUUGUAAUAUAAAAGGGAACACACGGAUUAUCGCUGCUUAUUACCGGAGAAAACAUAACAUUUGUGAUACCUGUAACCUAACGUUGAAGUUUUUUUUAGCA